AUGAAUCCAUCAACCAACCCGUCACUCAAUGGCGCGCAACAUGCAAAAGGUCAAUCAUACGGCUUGCUUGAUGGCAUCCAAGCCUAUGCAGGCGUCGAUAGUCUUCCCAAUGGAGAAGAUCUGUCUCGCUUUUUUGACCCCGAGCUGUUCGAUUCCACCACCCUUGGCAGCAGCUAUACUCAACCCUCGAUAUCAAUGUCGCAUGACUACGAUCCCAAUGCAGGCCGACAAUCGGGCACGCCAGAUGUACAGCAGUAUAAUGUCGCCCAGCGAGCAUUUCCCCACCAUCAGUACACUCAACCAUACUUCGACUCUCGCCAGAUGACACAACCCAACUAUGAUCCCCGAUACUAUUCGCAACCCUCUCCUUCGCCAGUGGGGUUCGAUGGCGGCUAUUCGUAUCAGACUCAGAUGGGCUAUCCCAACCAACAAUUCAGUGCCCAGCAGUUGAGUAUUCCGCAACGACAGACUCCGACUCCUUCACAGAACUACGCUCCAAGGCAACAACAACAAGCACAGCCACAACAGACACCGUUCGUCAACAUGGGUCCGCGUGCGCAGCUAUCACAUGUCCAGAAUAACGACGUGAUGCGCUUCGGAACCUUUCAAGAUCAAACUCAUCAACCCUCGAAUCAUUUUGUGGAUCCCUCCUUGCUGAACUCGAAUCAGAUGAUGCAUACAAACAGCAACCAUGCCUUCCAGACGCAGCAAGCUUUCAUGCCCACUUCAUACUUCAAGGCGGGUACGACGGUCGAUCCAAGAUCCUUACAAGGAAACCAACCCCUGCAGCCUAUGCCAUCUGUCACGUCACAAAUUCCACGUCCAGGGAUCGCUAUUCAGCCAAAGCCCGAACAGGACGCGAAGACGACGGCUACGAAAACCACAGAUGAGCCCCAGAAGAAAAGAGGUCGUCCGAGAAAGGAUGCAUCUGCAAAGCCCGAUGGACAUCCCUCAGGAUCCGAAACGGAUUCCGAUGACGAUCUAGAGAUCGAAGAUGAGGAGCCUCCCGAAGUGACCCCUGCCCCACUGAGCGUAUCAAUGCCCACCGAUGAACGAGGAAAAGCUCUCUAUCAUGCGGUGCAAGCUGUUUGGAGCCCUCGCAACAAGUCGGCUUCUCCCGAGAAGAUCCGUGGUGGCAUUGCCGGCUUUGGUGAUGUUGUGCGAGGCUUGAGAGACGCCUGGAAGACGAAGAAUGAAAGCCUGAGAAAGGCAGAGCUUCCUGCUUCUCCCACUGCUGCAGAUGCUCCAAGGUUAAAGGAAGAAGUUGCGCGCUAUCGCCAAGUCAUGGAAACUGUCAUGAUGAGGUCUUUGCUAUAUGGUCAUCCAGCCAUCGUUAAUAGACUAGGCGAAAACCAAUUCACAAUGUCGGCCUUGUACUCGUUCAUGCUCGACAGGUUCAACGCAGCCGAUUACGAUAGCACCCUUGUCAGCUCCAUCCUCAAGUUCGUCGUCAAGUUUGGCACUCUUGAUACUGAGAUGCUGGAGAUGACGAAGCUGUCGAAGAUUCUCCAACGUCUGACCAAAAAGGCUACGAGUGAUGUCAAAACGUUAGCACAAGCCGUUCUCGAUAAUGCUGUCGCGGCUACGGCGAAGAAAACUUCCACCUCUCAUGACAAGAAGGGCGACAAGCCAAUGUCACCUAGAUCUGUUGGGAGCCCAGCAGAUGGGACACGAAAGGAGGGCACCGGUGGACUCAAGCGUCUCCGGGAAGGUGAUGGGUCUGCCCAGCCGGUUCUGAAAAAGGUCGCAAAAUCGAUUCCGCAUUCCUCAAAACCUCUCGCUCUCCAAAACGCCGAACGUAGAAAGGCGCUGGAAGCCGCACACACGGCCAAGGCUGGAGAGAAACCAACUCCUACACCAGCAGGGACAACAGCUCCUUCAGCAAAGGCAAAAGUUGCUGUGGCCGCCCCUCCGAAAUCUUCAAUCUUUGCGGCUUUAGCAUCAGCACCUAAAAAACCAGGCACCUCCAACGCAGAACGAGCCGCUGCAGCUGCUAAAGAGAAGGCCUCCUCCUCCUCGUCUCCUUCUCUGGCUUCUACCCAGUCAGUGAAGAAACUGAACACAGGGAAAGAGUCCCCGCCGCGGACUGGUGGUUCUGCCCCUGUCGCAAAGGCCGCGACCGCAUCGUCCUUCCUGGGAUUGCUCGCUGAUAUGGAGAAAAAGCCUGAAAAAGAGGCAAGGAAAGAAGACGGAAUCCCGAACGAGACUGAAGAGCAAAAGGCGAAGAGACUGCGUAAAGAAGCUCGCAGGAAACUUCGCGUCACCUGGAAAGCCGAUGCGGAACUGGUGGAGACUCGCUUGUUCACCCAUGAUCCAGACGAAGAGCUUGACCAAGGCGACCGUUUGAAACGCGACGCUGGAGACACUGGUCGUGAAGGUGAAGCGCUUAAACUCCACAAGAACUUGGAAGAGCUCGAGGACGAAGAGGACGAAGACUCUUUUGAAGAAUUUGAGCCAUAUACACCACCGUCGGAAGUGGACUUUAGUUACCUUGAAGAUGCUACCCUUGGCGACGAUUCACCACACAAAAUUAAUUCACUUAAGUUCGGCGGGAUCAUGAAGCCUGACAGCCCGAGCAGUGAAGCGCAAAAUAAAUAUGAGCAAGACACACUCAUGGCACUCUACACUUCCAAGGCCGACCGUCCGCAAACCCCAAAGGAGCCAGAUGAAAGUAAGGAGGAGGAUGAAGGCGACUUCGAGCCUGCUGAACCCGAGACUCCCUUCGGCGAGCCCAAUGAGAUGACGCGACGACGAGAGACGGAGUAUCUCGCACGAAAGGUCCGAACACAACCUGCCACUGAUCUUGCGGCACAGAUUCAAGCCAUGUCUGCCCCACAGAUAUCUCAACAGCAACCAGGAGCCAUUCCGCCGGAGCUUCAACGUGCUCUAAGCAUGUUGGGUCGAUCGACUCAGCCGAGCCAGCCGACCACAGCGCCGCAAGCUGCCCCGGGUGCCAAUGUGAACUUGCAGGCGAUCCUCCAGACAGUCCUCGGCAACCAAUCGCAAGCGCAAACCCAACAACCUCAGUAUCUCGCCGUCAGCCAAGCCACGGCAUUAGGACCAAAUCUAGGCGCCCUCUGGGCCUCGAUGCAACAAGGCGCUCAAGCCGGAACAUCUGCCAGUACGCUUCCUCUGGGAUUGGCUGGAAACCCUAGCCCCUACGUCGCUAACUUCGACGAUGCUUCUCGCAAGCAUGGCCGUAGCGACUCCAAUGACAACGACAACGACAAUGGCAGAAAAGGAGGAACCAAGAAGAAGAAGGGGGAGUCCAAACCUUAUCUCUAUAAGACCCAAACGUGCACCUUCUGGGAGCAAGGCAAAUGUCUCAAGGGUGAUUCUUGCACAUAUCGACACGGCGAUGACGACGACAGCUAA